AAUUCGAUACCAACGUUAUAACGUGCCGGCCUACCUGCCGUCCAUGAUUCAGUUUCUAGUCAAUCACAACCACCAUAAUUCCAUUUCCAUUAUUAUUCAUUAUACCACAAAUCACUUGUUUAAUGCCCUUAAUUAACCCUCUUUCUUCUUCAUUCAUUGCUGCUGCUGCUGACAUUGUCAUUUCAUACCACUUCAAUCCCCCCAAAAUCUCCACAAAUCCUCCCUAAUUUCUUAUAAAUUCUUCAUCUUGCUGUUAUUUCUCGACCGAUCAAACAUUCCAGUUGUGUUUUCCGGCUAAUCAACUUCAGUUACUGUUUAUUUACGCGUAGAUUUGGGUUUUUUUUUUCAUUCAGACAUUAGAUCGAACAGGUGGUGGGCAAAUGGCUGUGUAAGUUUACAGAUUUAAUAUGCAUUUUGAUUGAUGUUGAUUUGCUUAAGAUCAUGACUUCCAAUCGCCCAGAUUUCAAUUUCAAAUCUUCAUCAUCUACAUCCAGUAGGAACUCAGAUAAUAUUAAUACCCAGAUUCGAAAUGUUGAUUUACAACCUUCGUCUUCUCAGUUAAGCAUUCAGUCGAACAGUUGGCGACACUCUUCCAAUCUUGGAUCAAGGGGUGUACGCCAUGGAUCUCGAAGUGGGGUUGACUCAGAAGGGUUUAGUAUGUCCCGAAAAGAAAUCGAAAUCGAUGAUGAUGAUGCAAGGUUGGUGUAUGUAAACAAUCCAGUGAAAACAAAUGAAAGUUUUGAGUUUUCGGGGAAUUCGAUUCGAACAGGGAAGUACUCUGUGAUCACAUUCUUGCCUAGGAAUUUGUUUGAACAGUUUCAUAGAGUUGCUUAUUUGUAUUUCUUGAUAAUUGCUAUUUUAAACCAGCUUCCCCAGCUGGCGGUGUUUGGGCGUGGUGCGUCUAUUUUUCCGUUAGCUAGUGUGUUGUUUGUUACCGCGGUUAAAGAUGGGUAUGAGGAUUGGAGACGGCAUAAGUCUGAUAAGAUUGAGAACAACCGGAUGUCGUAUGUUCUUGUGAACGAUCGGUUUCGUCAGAAGAAAUGUAAGGAUAUUCAAGUUGGUGAAGUUGUUAAGGUUUCAGCUGAUGAGACUAUUCCUUGUGAUAUUGUGCUUCUUUCGACUAGUGAUCCGACAGGUGUUGCUUACAUCCAGACUAUUAAUUUAGAUGGGGAGUCGAAUCUGAAAACACGGUAUGCAAAGCAAGAAACCCUUUCGAGAGUUCCUGAGAAGGAUAUUAUUAGUGGGUUGAUCAAGUGUGAGAAGCCCAACAGGAAUAUAUACGGGUUCCAAGGGAAUAUGGAGAUUGACGGGAAACGUGUCUCACUUGGCCCGUCAAACAUUAUUCUUCGUGGCUGUGUGAUCAAGAAUACUGAUUGGGCAGUAGGGGUGGUGGUGUAUGCAGGAAGGGAAACGAAAGCAAUGCUUAAUAACUCAGGGGCGCCAUCUAAAAGGAGUCGUCUUGAAACUCAUAUGAAUCAGGAAAUUAUGUUGUUAUCUUUCUUUCUUGUUACUCUGUGUGUAGUUGUUUCGGCUUGUGCUGGUGUUUGGCUGAAGCGCCAUCAAGAUGAGCUUGAUAUAAUGCCGUUUUAUAGAAGGAAAGAUUAUUCUGAGGGACAAGUAGAGAACUACAAUUAUUACGGUUUGGGGAUGGAGAUAUUCUUUACAUUUCUGAUGUCAGUGAUUGUGUUUCAGAUUAUGAUACCCAUAUCAUUGUACAUAUCGAUGGAGCUUGUGCGUGUUGGUCAAGCUUACUUUAUGAUCCGCGAUGACAAGAUGUAUGAUGCAACAUCAAACACUAGAUUUCAGUGUCGUGCAUUGAAUAUAAACGAGGAUUUAGGACAAAUAAAGUAUGUAUUCUCUGAUAAAACGGGUACGUUAACUGAAAACAAGAUGGAGUUUCAGUUUGCAAGCAUUUCAGGUGUAGAUUACAGUGGGGAGAAAACAGAAUUUUACGGUGAAGAAGGGGGAUACAGCAUUCAAGUGGAUGGGCAGAUAUGGAAGCCAAAGAUGAAGGUACAGGUUGACCCAAAUCUUCUUAAACUAUCAAAAAGCCGAAACGACACAAAAUCCAGCAAAGACAUAUAUGAUUUCUUCCUGGCAUUGGCUGCUUGCAAUACAAUUGUGCCUAUUGUUGCUAAUACAUCUAAUCCCAAUGAGAAGUUGAUCGAUUAUCAAGGGGAAUCUCCUGAUGAACAAGCACUUGUUUAUGCUGCUGCUGCUUACGGAUUUAUGCUCAUUGAGCGAACAUCUGGUCACAUUGUUAUUGAUAUUCAAGGAGAAAGACAAAGAUUUAACGUUCUUGGCAUGCAUGAGUUUGAUAGCGACAGAAAAAGGAUGUCUGUUAUAUUAGGAUACCCGGACAGCACAGUAAAGGUGUUUGUCAAAGGUGCAGACACCACAAUGUUUAAGGUUAUAGAUGAAUCCUUAAACUUGGAUGUAGUAAGAGCCACUGAAACCCAUCUUCAUUCAUAUUCUUCCAUCGGUUUAAGAACCCUAGUUGUGGGAGCGCGUGCGCUGAGCGUUUCAGAAUUUGACACGUGGCAGACAUCGUAUGAGAUUGCAAGUACUGCUUUAAUGGGUAGGGCAGGCUUACUUCGUAAAGUUGCAAUCAAUUUAGAGAAUAAUCUGAGUUUAUUGGGUGCUUCUGCCAUUGAAGAUAGACUGCAAAAAGGUGUUCCUGAAGCAAUCGAGUCUCUGAGGAAAGCCAACAUAAAAGUGUGGGUUUUGACUGGUGAUAAACAAGAAACUGCCAUUUCAAUUGGGUAUUCCUCGAAGCUUUUAACAAGCAAGAUGACACAGAUUGUAAUCAAUAACAACUCUAAAAUGACGUGUCAAAGGAGUUUAGAAGAUGCAUUGAUUAUAUCUAGAAAGCUUAUUAAUGUUACGCAUGCUUCUGAAGACGAUGCAAGUUCUGUUGCCCUAAUCAUUGAUGGAACAAGUCUCGUUUAUAUCCUUGACUCUGACCUUGAAGAGCAGCUGUUCGAGUUAGCCAGUAAAUGUGCUGUGGUCUUGUGUUGUCGAGUCGCCCCACUACAAAAAGCUGGUAUUGUAGCUCUAAUAAAGAACAGGACAGACGACAUGACCCUUGCCAUUGGAGAUGGGGCAAAUGAUGUUUCAAUGAUCCAAAUGGCUGACGUAGGAGUUGGCAUCAGUGGCCAAGAGGGUCGCCAAGCUGUAAUGGCAUCAGAUUUUGCGAUGGGCCAGUUCAGAUUCUUGGUUCCACUUUUGUUGGUUCAUGGUCAUUGGAAUUACCAACGCAUGGCCUACAUGAUCCUCUAUAAUUUCUACAGAAAUGCACUCUUCGUCCUUGUCUUGUUCUGGUAUGUGCUAUACACGGGUUUCACAUUAACCACAGCAAUCACAGAAUGGAGCAGUGUAUUAUAUUCAAUAAUCUACACCGCCAUACCGACAAUUGUUAUUGGGAUACUGGACAAAGAUUUAAGUAGAAAAUUGCUAAUGACAUAUCCUCAGCUUUAUGGAUCCGGACAGAGAAAAGAAAGCUAUAAUGUAAAACUAUUUUGGGUUACAAUGGCGGACACAUUGUGGCAGAGUGUGAUUGCAUUUUUUAUUCCAGUAUUGGCAUAUUGGAAAAGUGAUAUUGAUAGCUCAAGCUUAGGAGAUUUGUGGACACUUGCGGUGGUAUUUAUGGUAAAUAUUCACUUAGCUAUGGAUGUUAUCAGAUGGACUUGGAUCAGUCAUGCGUCAAUUUGGGGAUCUAUUAUUGCUACUUGCAUUUGUGUUGUCAUCAUUGAUGCUAUUCCAGUGUUGCCUGGUUAUUGGGCUAUCUUUUAUCUUGCAAGCAGCGGAUUGUUUUGGGUUUGCCUAGCUGGGAUUCUGAUAGCAUCCAUGAUUCCUCGAUUCAUCGUAAAGAUGUUUAUGCAGCACUGUAAGCCUUGUGAUAUUCAAAUAGCAAGAGAAGCAGAAAAGUUUCGGAAUUCAAUGGAGAUCACAAGAAGUGGAGAAAUAGAAAUGAACAGAUGACACAUUUCUUGUAUGUCACAUAUAUAUUGUAUUCGAAACUUCAUAUAUUCUUCAAGUUGAUGGAGCAAUUCUCCGUUUGCUUGUGUUGUGUAGUUUUCUGUCCAUUAUAGAGUAUUCAUUUGAGUAUGUAUUUGUAUCUUAUUGUUGGGAUCAUUUGUGCUUCAAUUUUUUAAAUCACAAAGUAUGAUAAUCCA